GCUGUUAGGGAAAAGCUCUCUGAUCGAGCAGCGUUGUCUUCCCCUCACACUCCUCCCUGCCUGGAGCAUCAGGCGCUGCAAGGGGCAGGACAGGAGAGGCUGGAAGGCAAAGGGGCUCUCCCUUUGUCCUGAGCCAAAACCCCGAAACUGCUGGCACCACCUAGAGAGGAGGACAGUCCUUGCUGCUGCUCUUCCCAGGCUGUGUGAGUGGCUGAGGGCUUUGAGGACAGUCGGAUCCUGACUGUGCCGGCAGCUCUGGUGCCAGUCUCCGCUGUGGGCCUGGGGCUUUAUCACACCUGCCCACCGCACCCCUCAAAGCCAGCGAGCCCCGAGGCUUCCUGAGCUGUCGUGAAGGCUUUGUAACAUCGGCGUGGCGGCAGUCCUUAGGCGCUGCCGUGUCACCACGAUCCCCCCUCAUGGAGGCUGGUGGUGGCUGCCUUGGGCUCCAGUGCCAGCCUGUGCUCCUGGGAAGAGCACUGACAACAGCCGAGAGCCUCCAAGAAAACCUCGUGUAGUUCCUCACUUGUUCUGUUCCCUUAUCGCCUCAGCACACCCUUCCCCUUUGAGAUCUCUGCUCCUGCCCUUGGCAGGAAGGAGCUUUAGCAGCUCCCGCAAGGGCUGUCUCUGCAGUCGGGCCGGGACAGCGCGGGCACAGGGCUGGGAGAGGUCUUGCAAGAGUCUGUCUUAGACGGCUCCGCAGGGAACAUCGACCCACAGGCUUCAAGCUCAGGAUUAAACAGACGGACAAGGGAAAGGAACCAUGUUCCAGGCCACGGGAGCUGCCAGCCCACCCCCAACUCAUGUACGAGGCAUCCUGUGGUUUGAGGCCAAGAACAGCUCAGGAGGCAGCACAGUGCAGCGCUCCAAGUCUUUCAGCCUGAAGGCACAGGUGAAGGAGAUGUGCACUGCCUGCCAGAAAACUGUGUAUCCCAUGGAGCGGCUGGUGGCUGAUAAAUUUGUCUUCCACAACUCCUGCUUCUGCUGCAAGCACUGCCACACCAAGCUCAGCCUGGGCAGCUAUGCUGCGCUCCACGGGGAAUUCUACUGCAAGCCCCACUUCCAACAGCUCUUCAAGAGUAAAGGCAACUAUGACGAAGGCUUCGGGCGCAAGCAGCACAAGGAGCUGUGGGUGCACAAGGAGGUGGAGAGUGGGACCAAGUCGGCGUGAGUGGGGCCAGCCCCGCUCCUGGAGCCCAGCAGAGCCGGAGGAGCUGAGCCAGGGCCAACUGAGCUGAUGUAAAGCAGGACCUGUGGGAGGGGAGGGUGUUCACAGGGGCCCUGCAGGCCUGAAGGACAGGGCAGAGGUGACCAGGGUGCAGCCCCCAGACCUCAAGCCCUCUCUCUGCAGGCCCCUCUCCCCAGUGAGAUCAGAGCAGAAGCAAUUGCACCCAUGGGAGCCCCAGCCCUGUUGAUCCACUUCAGGCUUGUCCCCAUGGAAAAGGAGACGAGCUGGGGGCUUAUCCAGCUUGUGAGUGACUGCAGAGCUCCCAGCUCUGCCACCAACCCUGCACUGCUGGGGCUCUGGAUAAGGAGGGUCCUCGAUUUACAUCAGCUCAGUUCAGCUGGGAUGGUUCAGCCUUAAGGAUGUUGCCCUGCCACGGUUUAACAGUGUCUCUUUUUUAUAUUUGCCUUUGACUGGUACGUUCUGCGCUGGAGCCUCGCGGCAGCUUCACAUGCGCUCCUUUAUUUUUGUAAUACAAGGUUUCUGAGCCUUC